AUGGGUGAAGAUGGCGAACUUCCUUCAACCAGCAAAGAAGAAAAUCUAGAGGCUUCAGAAUCGAUUGCAUUGUAUGAAAUUUCCUUAGAAACUGUGGAUGAUGAAGAUGAAGAAACUGACAGUAUUCAAUCCUUGAAACAUGCAGCUAACAGGCUUUUGGGGGCAGAUGAUAUUAUUAAAUCAGAAAUUGUAUCUAGCGCAUUUACUUCAGAAAUUGCAAUUGACCAAACAUGGGGUGAAUGGAUGCAGGAACUCCCUGGAUCAACAUGGAUCAAAGUACGUACAUUCGGAAAAGUCCAAUGGAGAUGGUCAAAAAAUUGUGUCCAUUAUGCUCAUUUGCCAGAAUGGUUAAAAGAUAACAGAUUUCUUCUCCGGUGCAACCGUCUACCAAUUUACAGUUUUACUGGUUGUAUGCUAAGUGCAUUCAGAAUCCACACUGAAACGGGUAACAUCUGGACUCAUCUCAUUGGUAGCCUUCUGACAGUUGGAUAUUGUAUUUAUGCUUUUGCUUCUCGUUUACACAAGUUGCACUGGACUGAGCAGCUGGUCUAUGCAGCAUUCUUCCUUGCAGCCUCCCUGUGUAUGGGAUUCAGUUGUAUUUUCCAUGCUGUUAUCAAUCAUUCCCCGAAAGUUUUCAAGUUGUUUAGUCGUCUGGACUACUCUGGAAUUUCUCUUCUUGUUAUUGGAAGCUACAUGCCUUGGUUGUACUACUCUUACUUCUGCCAUCCAACCAUCUAUGUUGUCUACACUGUUGUCACCUGUGUCAUGGGUAUAUCAGGGAUAUUUGUUUCUCUUUGGGAUGAGUUUGAUAAGCCUAAAUACCGAAAUGUUAGGGCAGGUGUUUUUCUUACAAUGGGUCUCUCAGCUGUAGUACCUGCUUUUCAUUAUGCAAUUAAAUUUGGCUGGUCUAUUGCUCUAGAUAGAGCGUCUUUAGGAUGGAUGAUAUUGAUGGGCAGUCUGUAUGUUUUUGGAACCAUGCUGUACAUGUUUCAAAUCCCGGAAAGAUGGUUUCCUGGAAAAUUUGAUAUUUGGGGCCAAAGUCAUCAAAUGUUUCAUAUAUUUGUUUUGGUUGCUGUGUUUGUUCAUUACCAUGGUAUUUCUGUUUUAGAAGCGAAUCAUACUGAGGAUAUUCUUAAUAACCGAGUUUGUACAGAUAAUAUUUUAAAUACUACUACAUUUGGUUGA